CUGUUUUGAAUUGAAUUUGGAAAGCUGACAGGCCGGAAUUUUCACUCUCGGACACAGCAGCUCGACUCUCUCCUGGACUCUGUACUUUCUUAGACACAAUUUGAAGUUGAUUUAAAGUUAGAUUGUUUAAGAUCAGCCGCUAUGAGUAAAGUUUCAAAGCUGUUUAAAGGGACGUCCGGUUCCUCCAGCUCUAAAUCCAGCUCCAGCUCCUCCAGCUCCAAAUCCAGCUCCAGCUCCGGGUCUAAAUCUAAGCCCCGGUCCCGGGGUGGAGCGGCUCCGUCCCCGCAGGAGGCCAUCAACAGGCUGCGGGAGACCGAGGCCAUGCUCACCAAGAAACAGGAGUACCUAGAGAAAAAAAUAGAGCAGGAGAUUAUCAUCGCUAAGAAGAACGGCACCAAAAACAAAAGAGCUGCACUUCAAGCUCUCAAGAGGAAGAAGCGAUUUGAGCAGCAGCUGACUCAGAUUGACGGGACUUUGUCCACCAUCGAGUUCCAGAGGGAGGCGCUAGAGAAUGCCAACACAAACACAGAGGUCCUGAAGAACAUGAGCUAUGCAGCCAAAGCUAUCAAAGGGGUCCAUCAGAACAUAGAUCUGGAUAAUAUUGACUCUCUCAUGGCGGAUAUAACAGAGCAGCAGGAAAUAGCCCGGGAGAUCUCUGAUGCUAUCUCACAACCUUUUGGUAGUGAAUUUGAUGAGGAUGAGUUAUUGGCAGAGCUGGCAGAGUUAGAGCAGGAAGAGCUGGAGGAAAGUAUGAAGAACAUGGGCAAACUGCCCAGUGUACCAAGUUCCAAACUGCCCAGUGUACCAAGUACCAGACUGCCUAGCACAAGACCCAGCCAGCGGACAACAUCCAGGAAGAGAGUGGAGGAUGAGGAUGACAUGAAGACACUAGCAGCCUGGGCUUCCUAAUCAUUGGGAACCAUAUAAGUGCUCCAUUACUGCCACCUUUCAGUGCUGAGAAUGUCUAGCAAGUCUUAAUGUCAUAAUUGUCUCUAUUUUCUAUUGUCACUGUGUUUUAGGUGUAAAAGGCUGUCAUAUGUUAAAUGAAGGAAUUUAAAGAUCGGCUUGUACAUAGCAACAUGAAGGAUGAUAAUAUUGUAAUGAGUAAUAUAUGUAAAUAUUAAGAGACACUGGAAUCUGUGUAAAAAAUAAAAUUAUUUUAAGUCAUGUUUAAAUAGAUUGUUUUUAUGUUGAGAAAUAUUAACUGGGAGAAAAUAGAAAUAAAAUGAUAUAAAGUU